UUUGCUUUUCCUCUUUUCACUUCUCCCUCUUACCUGUCUGGUGCCGGCAAUAACCGACCCGGCAGCCGGGGCCAUGCACCAGAGCCUGCUGGAGACGGUUGGUGCCACGGAACCCAGCGGCUGACCCGGUUCUCCAGGAGCAAGCACCAGGGACGGUGUCUGGGCCAACAAACCUGCUUUUCUCUGCCUUCUUUAAGCUGUUUUCCUGCUUCUUUCCCACUUGGAGCCGGUGUUAUCAUUGUCCGGAAGGAGCGGAGGAUGAGAAGAGAGUGGAUGCGGAGGUAGAGGACCCCAAGCCCUGGCUGUGGGAAGCUCCAGGUUUUCCUUGCCUGGAGCCAGGAGUGAGCAGAGAACCGAAUCCUCCUCCCCGGCAUAGGAAAGCUCUGGCGUGGCCGGAGCCGGAGGAGAAGGGAGCGGCGUGUUCCCAAAGCUGCACAUUGAGCUGUGGAGGGUGAAGCAAAGCGAGGGGUGUGUUUAAAGACUAGAGAAUCAUUAAUUCCUUAUUUAUUGUGGACAUCCGGCACUCGUUGGGGGUGCAGAGAUCCAUUGGGAUAGGGGGGACUGGUGUGUGUCGGCACCAUGGCUUUCUCCCAAGUGCAGUGCCUGGACGACAGCCAUGUCAACUGGAGGUCCAGCGAGUCCAAGCCUGAGUUCUUCUAUAGUGAGGAGCAGCGUCUGGCCUUGGAGGCACUGGCUUCCCGUGGGCCUGAUGCUUUCUAUGAGGUCCUGAAGAAGGAGAACAUCAGGGACUUCCUCUCCGAGCUGGAGCUAAAGAAGAUCCUGGAUACAUUGGAGACAUACGACCCCGGCUCUGAGUACAUCCCACGCCACGGCAGCAGCACAGGGGAGAGUGAUGGUGACCACAACAGCCAAGGGGACGAGCAGGACAUGGCCCCAUCCCUGGAAUACUGGCCCCAAAGGUCCGACCGCUCCAUCCCACAGCUGGACCUCGGCUGGCCCGAGACCAUCGCCUACCGCGGCGUCACCCGUGCCACUGUCUACAUGCAGCCACCCAUCGAGGGGCAAGCACACAUCAAGGAGGUGGUGAGGAAGAUGAUCUGCCAGGCUCAGAAGGUCAUCGCGGUCGUCAUGGACAUGUUCACUGAUGUAGACAUCUUCAAGGACCUCCUGGAUGCAGGGUUCAAGAGGAAAGUGGGGGUUUACAUCAUCCUGGAUGAGACCAACGUGAAGCACUUCCUUCAGAUGUGCGAGCGAGCCCAGAUGCACGCGGGACACUUGAAGAACCUGCGAGUCCGGAGCACGGGGGGAACAGAGUUCUUCACGCGUUCGGCCACCAAGUUCAAAGGGGCUUUGGCCCAGAAGUUCAUGUUUGUGGAUGGGGAUCGGGCCAUGUGCGGAUCCUACAGCUUCACCUGGUCUGCGGCCAGGACAGACCGAAACGUCAUCACAGUCCUCUCAGGCCAAGUGGUGGAGGCAUUUGACAAGCAGUUCCAGGAGCUCUACCUCAUGUCCAAAGGGGUGAGCCUCAAAUCCAUCUCCAUGGGUGAAGAGCCUGAACCCGAGCCCGUAACGCUGCCCUCUGUAGUGCCGGUGACACCGGCCAACGCGGUGGUGAAGAAGCUGAUCAACCCUAAAUAUGCCCUGGUGAAGGCCAAGAGUGCUGACCAGAUCAGCAAGACUUCAUCUGAGACCCAGGACAAGAACCAGAAGGUGGACACCAAAGGUAAAGCCCUGCCUGAGGGCCAGGGGGGUGAUAGGCAUGGGGACGUGGCCGAUCUCUCCCUGCUCAUCCAUCCCGGCCUCCUGAACCUGGAGAAAGCCAACAUGUUUGACUAUCUGCCCACAUGGGUUGAGCCUGAUCCCGAGCCUGGGAGUGAAGUCUUGGGCUACAUCAACAUCAUCGACCCCAAGGUGAAGAAUGUGAAGCUGUCACAGAUGAACCGCAUCAAGGUGUGUGAUGUGUCCCAGGCCAGCGCUCAGCACCGGCAGAUGCUGAAGAACAGGGAGAUGGAGGCCAAGAAGAACUUGGAGCAAGAGCAGCUCCUGGUGUCCCCCUGCCAAAGACAGGCCCCACAGAUCCCCAUGGAAGCUCCUGCAGCCACCACAACCAGCCCCAUUGAAUCUACCAGCUGGACAAUGAAGCAAUCAGGCUCGUUUGCCACUUCACCAUUGGGUCACCACUUGAAGCCACCAGAGGAGACACUGGAGGACAUUAAACCUCCAGUUCCAAAGCCAAGGACAACCCCUGUUGGCAUCCUCAUGACCAAAGUCCUCACAGCCUGUGACAGCAGCACUGCCCUGGAGGGUGACACACAACCACCACUGACCGACCUCGUGGGUGCAAAGCAGGAACAGGAGGAGAACCCCAACAGAGCCUCAAUGGAGAGCUGCCAUCUCCAGCCAGAGCGGUCAACAGCAGGGCCACAGGAAGACAAAGGGCCUCCCUGUGCCCACAAUGGGCUGGGAGAGGAGGAGGAGGAGGAGGAAGAGGAGUACAUCACCCUCAGUGACCAGGAGAGCUACUCCAGCAGCUCUGCUGACCACAGCUACCGCCGCUCCAAUGCCUCCUCCAUCUCGGAUGAGUACUUCGAGGUGCGGGACCGCUAUGGACCCCUCCGGAGAACCAAUUCGGAUGUCACCCACAAUGGGGAGAUCCUUCCCAUCCAGAGGAAGCUCAGUGACCCCCACAUCAGCAGAGGCACCUUCCUCAGCCCCCUGGGGAGCCUCCCAUCCCUAAAGCACAUCCGCAUGGAGGAUGCCAACAAGAGGAGGAGCAACGCGGUGGAGAUCAGGUGUGUGCUGCCCCGCACCAUCCUGGAUGGCAACAGCUCCUACCCCAGCAGUGCCACGCAGGGGACUCACAUCUACCGCUACCGACCCAGGAACCCCUUGGGCAGAGAACAAGGCAAGGAGGUCUCCUGCUCCCCAACACAUGAGAAACCCCCCGGGGCCACCAAAUACAGAGGGGACGGAGCCGAACCCAAAAAGACCAUUGCAGGCAGCCAGCCCUAUUGGCAGAGCAAAGCCUUCAGCCCCAGCAAGCAGCCCGGCCACGGCCCCACCAGCAACCCCAGGACACCAAGCAAGUGCUUAGGCUCCCUUCCAGAAAGCCAGAAGACAACGGAGGAGAUGAGGACACCCCUUGGCAUCCCUCUUUCCAAACUGUCCCAAUCCAAGCACCUCAAGAGCAGGGUUGCGGGUGCUUCUAUUGACUCCAAAAAGAAGCCUCCUGAGCCCAGCAGCCAGAAGGAGCAAUAGGUAAAGGUGGACUUCCAUGGUGAGAGGCAUAGUGGAGCGUGCCUGGACCCCAGGCAAUGCUGUUACAUGGGGCAGGGGGAUCUUGUUUACACUUACCUGGUCAAUGCACCAGUAGCAUGUGGCUAUGAUAGACAGCCCAAAAGUCAUCCCGGUCCAGGGCAGGGCUCCAGAGACUGGAUCUCGGAAGAGAUGCAUGGACCGGCUCUGGGCAGGUCGUGUUGGGAAUGAUCUUGGAUGGCACAGCUUUUAGAUAGGCCUCUUCCAGGUUGGGGGAGCCUCCGAUCUCAUUGAGAGCUGGAAAGCAUCAUUGGGUUGGAGGCCAGCAAAGCCCAGCGGCCUGGGAUCGGCUGGCAAAGCUCACCCCAACCCUUUGACUCAGAGGUGCUGCCCAAAGAGGGCUCCUUCAUGGUCGUGUUUGCUUGUAGUUGUUUAAGAGACUCUUCUAUCAUGGUUUUGCACAGCAGGUCCCAGCUUCAGAGGGUGACCUGGGACAAAGGGACCCACUUCUUUUGACCUCGUACUGUAAAAGCAACUUGUUUAUUAAAGCUCCCCAGUCCCAGAGCAGGGGAAACUCACCUAGGACUGUUAAAUGCAACCUUAGGCAGCCUUUGACUUGAUGUGCUACAGCUCAAGGUGCUCAGAUGUCUUCUGCUCCCUAAGCGUUUCCCCAGCACCCCCCAUGCAUCUCCAGCCCCAAACCUCAGCAACCAGGGAAAAAAGGAACAAAAAAGGAACAAAAAAAGCCAUUUUCACUGCUUUCUUUCCUAUCAAAUGGAACCCAGGGUCUGGAUCUUGGCCUGAGCCCCACUGAGCAGUACAUGCCAUGGACAAGCCUUAGCAAGCAGCCUCCGAGCCCUUGGCAGCUGCCUUGGUGCUCCUCCUUGCUGCUCCAUAGCCAACAGCCCCAGGCUCUGCCCUGGCCCCCCCCAUCUCCCUGUUCCUGGGGGGCUGAAUGCUCCUUGCAGCUCCUCCAGUACCUCCAGCAGAAUUCCAGAGCCAGAGGCAUCGCUUUUUGGAUGAGGGAGGGAUGGGAGGCCCCCAUGUGCUGUGGCCACCCAUGGAGCAGCAUGGAGAUAAGCAGGGAGGUGUUGGCACCCCCAUACCCACAGCAGCUGGUGCUCAGGGUAAAGAGACAGGAGGCUCUGGGGACUCAGAGCAAGAUCCAUGAGCAUCCCUGGGUGGAUUUGUCCCCAUCUGGUCCAGCUAUCGCAUCCUGCAUCCCUUCCACCCUGCCCAUGGGACACAGCUCAGCCCACUACAAUGUGGGAACAUGGUCCUGGGAAGUCACCCUCUUGCAGGACCAUCCCCACAGGUGCUGCUGGCUUUAGAUCAAGAGCAAAUCCCUCAGGCAUCAGGUGCUGGAUGCUGGGAUCAUCAUCAAGUGCUAGCUCAAUGCCUAAGACACCCAUCCUGCUCCAUCGUCCCCCCUGCCUGAGGACAGCCCUUUCCCUGCAUCCCCAUCCCAGGGCAUCCCCCUGACCUGAUGCUAUUGGGUACUUCACAGAGGGGCAUCACCCACCGUGCUCCCCCCAUUGCAAACCAGUCAGCACUGCUGAGCUCCUCCUGCUCUUGUGCAAGCAGCCCUGGCCCCCCUCCAGCUCUUGGCUUACCCAGGCGCCGGCUACUCCCAAGCUUUGCAUGGGUGUUGGGCACCAACAAAGGCUCUCCAAGGCACAGAUUCACACCUGGGGGUGUGGGCCCGCUCCCUUCCCAAAGGGGUUCACCGGCAAGUCCCAACACCUACACCUGCAUCAGGGCAGCGGGAGCUCAGCCUGCGGAUGCUGGGCUGCAGCCCAUGGGCUCCAGCAGGAUUAACAGCCCCAUGUGAAUGCCAAGCGGGUGCAGGAUGGGAUGGUCUCUCUUAUCCGUGAUGCUGGAGCCACCGUGAAACAGCCACUGAGCUCUCUGUAAAGCAAAGUGAUGUCUGCAGCCCUUGGGUCUGCAGCCUGUUGUUGGCCAGCAUCCACCCAAGGGGAUGGGUACAACUCUGCUGCUCUCCCCUGUGAGCCCCAGAGCCAAGCAAUGCAUUUUGUUAUCCCUUCAGCAGCAAUAAGGGAGGCAAUGGGCCAGGCAGAGCAGGCCCAGAGGACUCACAGCUUAGCUCAUGAGUAUUAGCAUCACCGAUGCAGAUGUCAUGGUCUGAAGACACAAACAUAGACCAUGAAGAGCAUCCUUUAUUAGAGGAGCUGGACAAGAGGUGACAAAGCCUCCAGGUCCUGAGCCCUGAGGACAAGAACUGUGACCAGCACCUUGUGUUCUGGCUCCCCUGCACCAAUCCCUGUCCCAGGCACCCUCAUCUCCCUGCACACACCAUGAAGGUUGGCAAAGCCAAAACAAGCCGGGUUCUGCAGUCGCUGGAGGGGAUUUUCCCAGCCCAACUCAGCAGACACAAGCUCCAGAGAGAGCCCCAUGGCCAACCACAGCUUCAGACAGCAACCAGCUGUGCCUGAGCACCUCGGUUAAUGCAAAGGCUGCGGCCACUGCUUGGAUGUGCUUGGGCAGGCUCCUCUGCCUUCUUGCUGGUGUUGUCCCUUCUGCAGGAAGGAUCUGCCCUCCCAUUUGUAUUGUGUGCAUGGAUCUUGCUUAGCCAGGGCUCACCCAGGACCGAGCUCUGCACAGGGGAGCAGCCUUGGGAUGGGGCUGGAUGCAGGUCCAGAGCUGCUCCCACCUCCAUAGCUGAGGUCAGUGCCUGCCCACUGAAGCAGACUGCGGCAGGGAAUGGUGGGAAUCACCUCUGGAAUCACCCUCUGUAGUUAAAUACCCUCCUUUGAAGCUGGGACCUGACUUUUUGCCUCCUACUCCUCAGGGCCCAGAGCCCCAAUGGCACAAUAAGGCUGAUGAGCACCUGUGUGAGGCUGCAGGUACAGAGACACAAUGGUGCUGAGCGUGUUGAGAGAGGGCUGGGGAUGAACCACGCUCACUCCAACCGGGAUGAAGGCACAGCUCCAUGCUCUGCAUCCCCAUGGAAUCAAUCCCCUGCGGCAGUGCCUUGUACCAGCAUCACCUCUUGCAAUGGUGGGAUCCCUUCUGAAGCCCCCAUCACAACAACACUGCAAGUUUCCCAGAGCAGGACUGGAAAUGCUGCUUCACCAUCAGACACUUGAUAUCAUCCACCUCUCGGAUGCAUGGACCAGAGGCCAAUAUAUGGAGCAGCAAUGACCACAUGGGAGACCAGGAGGAUGCUUCACAGCAUCUUCACCCAGAGGACAGGGGGACACAGGGGAACCACAGACUUCCUUUAGGUACCUGCUCCAGGCCAAAGCCCUGCUGUGCAUCUUGGCCACUGAACUGCUUAGACUGAGUCUUCUUAUUUAUUUCUGAGACCACAAAGUGGAUGGACUCCCUCUGUGGGUCCUCAAUGCCCCAGCUCUUACCUUUCAUCACCAGCACGAUGGCUCCGAGGACCACGAUGAGCAUCUGCAGUGUGUUGGUGUAGAUGACGGCCGCCAGUCCUCCUGCAGGAGAGCAAGGCACAGUCACUGCUGCCUGGUCCUCCAGCCCCAAUAAAGCUGCCUGUGCUGGAAGGGA